UAACUAUAGCAAACUUAAUAUAUUAUUAAACAAUUCCUAAUCAAUAAGUAAAUUAUAAAUAAAAUGAAAUAAGCAUUAGUUUAUUAAUAAGACAAGAAAAAUAUUUUAUCAUCAACUCAAACAUAGAGCACAAAUGCGUCUUCUUACUAUUAAUCUUCUCUUAAAUAAAGCACUUAAAGUCCUUCUUCUAAUUAAAUUUUAUCCUAAAAAUAAAAAUCAUAGAAUAAUAUUACAAAAUUACCUCUAAUAAAUAGCCCUAAUUCUAAACCGUCUUUAAACUUAAAAUAAAUUUCUUCACCCCAAGCCUAAUAAAAUGUAUUUAAAGCUUCAUAAGAAAACAAAAUAAAGGCAUUAGCUAUAGAUCCAAAUAAAGCUAAUAAUCUGAUAUAGAAAAGUGCAAUUUCUUUGAAAAAUGUAUAAAAAAAUUAAGAAUCUUAAAGCUAUUUGCAAGCAAGAACUAAGUCGAUUUCGAAUCCUUCAUAGACUAAUAGUAGUGUUUAGCAAUAAAAUUAAUAAAUAUAUGAAAGGAAAUCUUUAAAUUUAAAUCAAAUAAAUUAAUAGAAAUUAAAUCUAGAAUCCUAACAUAAAUACUAAAACGAAAAGAUUGCAAAAAAAGACAAAUAGUUAAUAUAGCCUUCAUAGGAUUAUAACAAAGGAUUAAAAUAUGAUCCUUAAAAGCAAUAAGAAUAGAAAGAAAAGAAUUAAAACUAAAUUAAUGAUAAUAUCGAUGAUCUAACAAUACCAAAAAGAGGAUUUAACUAAAAAAUCUAAAAAAACGAUACAGAAUAGAAAUAAUUAUAAUAAAAUUCUUAAAUGUCAUAGAGUAAUCAAACAACUAAAGAACUAUCUCAAAAAGUUAAAGAAUAGAAAAUUGAAAAUUCAGAGAAUAAUUCACCUUAGGGAAUGUUUAUUUUAGAGUUUAAGGAGGUAAACAAGAAAUAUAAUCUGAGAUUUAUUGUGUUAAAUGAUAUGAGAGUCAUUAUUGAAGAUUAUAAUCAGUCAGAUAGCAAAAAAUAAUAAUAAUAUAUUUUUGAUCUUCAGCAAGAUUUACUAAAACUCAUUUAAGAAAUUAAGCAAAAUGAAGAAGUGUUACAAUCUACAUAAAAACCAUUAAGUAGAAAAAUUAAGCUUCAAAACUUAAAUAUUGAUUAUUUGACUGAUUUUUUCUUCUAAAUUAUCUCAAAUCCUUCAUCGAGAAAAGUUUUUUUUACCUUCCUCAAGAUAAAUAUUAAAAAUCUAGUUUGCAGUUAAUAAGAAAAUUAAUAAUACCUUUUAGCUUGUCUUGACUAAAAUAUCUCAAAAGUUGAUAAAGCAAAAGAUAAUUCAAAUGAUAGGUAUUAGUUUUUAGAGUUGUUAGGUAAAGGAGGCUAAGGUGAAGUUUGGCUUUAUUAUGACUAAACUGAUAAAAAAACUAUUGUUUUUAAGAAAUUCUUCAAAGGGUUUUAAGACAGUUUCUAAUAGGAAAAAUAAAUUUUAGAAAAAAUAAAAUUUUCAAAAAUAUGUCCACCUAUUAUUAGCUACGAUGAUAAAAAUUUUAUUAUAUAAAGUGAGAAAGGAGAGUUGUCUCUCCAUUAAUAUGAUAAUUAUAUAAAAACAAAUAAUUUAGUCAUGUAUUAGCAAUCUGAGCUAUUUUACAUUCUCAAGCAACUUGUUGUAUAUGUAAAACAUCUUUAAGAAAAAUUUAACAUUUUUCAUUGUGAUAUUAAGCCAGAAAAUAUAGUGUUAAUUUCAAUAAGUUAUUAGACUUUCUAGAUCAAAUUGAUAGAUUUUGGUGGUUCUGUUGAUUGUAUUUAGGAUUAUCCUGGAUGCUAUACACCGGCCUUUUCAAAUCCAGAUAUUUUGAAUUUAUAAGAAGAGUAGAUAACUAAUGCUAUUUGUAUUGAAGGAGAAUUAUAUUGUAUCGCUAGAUCUUUAUGUAAACUAGCUCUUAAAGAUCCUAGCAUGAAUACUUUUUGUAAGAGGAGUUUUUCUGAUAGCAUAGACUAGAUAGAUGAUUCCUACAAAGAAAUAAAGUAAAUUUUAUACAAAAUAUUUAAAAAAGAACUAAGGACAUGUGAUUAAGUUCUUAGUGAAAUAGAAAAAAAUAGUUAAGUGUCUGAAAACAUCAAAGAUUUUUAGGAUAUUGUAAAAAAAGUACAAUAAGAGAAACUGUAACAAACCUAAAAUAAUUUGUAAAAAGAUUAUUUGUUGCAGUAAAUAGAUUUCUAUGAGCAGAUGUAUGCUUAUAAAAAGGGAGUUUAAACGAUAAAAACAUUACUCAAUAAAUAUGCUAAUGAAUUUACUGAUGAAGAGAAAAAAGAUUUAAUAAUGAAGCAAACUCGUUUUGAAAUGGAAGUUCAAGGAAUUUAAGAUUUAAGUAAUAUUAUUUAAAACAACAGCAAAUUGAUGGGAGAAAAUGUAAAAUACUUUGAACUACUUCUUAUGGUUGCCCAAAAAAAUACUAAUAUAGAUCUGAUAAUCAAUAAGAGUAAGGAAAUAGCUAAAAGUAUGAUAAAAUAAAUAAGUAAUGAAGCAUUUAUAAUUAAUGAUAUUAUUGCUUCGUUAUUAGAGAGGAAAUGCUCCUUUGAAAAAGCCAUAGAAUACAGGAUUACCAAUAUACAAAUAGCUCGAAUUCUCACUGAUAAAUAAAUUCCUCUUUAUAUACCUUCUACCUAGCUAGCAGUUUGUUACGAAUAAGUAGGAAUGCUUGAUAAAGCAUAUGAGAACUACAUGUUGGCUUUACAAAACGCCUAAAAUGCAGUAUCUUCUGAUAACACCAAUCUGGCUAAUGCAUAUCAAAAUAUUUCAAUUUUCUUUAAAAAUAUUAAUUCUUUCUAAUAAGCAGAGGAAUAUCAAAAGUAAUCAUUAGAAUUAAGGAAAAAAGGAACCCCUGACUAUUAUAACUCAUUAUCUAGUUUAGCUUCUAUAAAAGAGAAACUUGGUUAUUAUAGUGAAGCUAUCAAGUUAUGUGAAGAGUCUCUUUUGAAUUUGAGAAAACUGUUAGGAAGUGACCAUAUCAAUGUUGGAUAUGUCCUUAAUAAUAUGUCAUUAUGUUAGUAAAAAAUGGGUGACAUAAAUAAUGCUUUGAAUUACUGCUUAGAGUCGUAUGAAAUAUUAAAAUUGCAUUUAGGAGAAAAGCACAAUUUUAUAGCAACUUGUUUGGGGAAUAUAGGAGACUACUAUAGAGAAUUAUAGCAAUACCCUCAAGCACUUGAAUAUGCACAAAAGUCUCUUAAAAUUAAUGAAGAAAUAAGUGGAAAGGAUUCUUUGUACACAAGUAAUAGCCUGGAAAAAAUUGGGCUCAUUCAUUACUAGCUUAAAGAGUAUGAAAAAGCUAUAGAAAAUUUAGAAAAAUCUCUAAAAAUAAAAAAAGGGCACUCAUAAAGAAAUAAUGGGAUUGGAAAAGCCCACUAAGAAGUAGGUAGUUAAGGUACUUAAGAUUAUUAAAUAAGUGUUUGUCUUAAUAAUUUGGCACUAGCAUACGAAGGACUUUUUCAAGAUGAUAAAUCUUUGAAAUUACAAUUAGAAUCUCUAGAAAUAAAAAAGAACAUAUUCUAAAAUGAUAAUCAUCCUUCUUUGGCAAUAUCGUUAGGAAACGUAGGAAUGACAUAUUAUAAGCUUCAAAAUUAUGAAGAAAGUGUGAAGUAUUUGUAAAUGUCUCUAAAAAUACUUUAAUAGAAAAACAUAAAUCCACAAGCUAAGUAAGUCUAUGAAAAUUAAUUAAAAAAGUCUUUAGAAAAAAUUAAGUCAAUCAAUAAACCUCUAUGA